ACCAAACCAAACCAGACGGUAGGAUCACGAGGCACUAAGAGGACCCAGCAGUCAUGGCGGAGAAAUUGGCCCCCGAGAAACGCCACAGCUUCUUGCACGCUGGGCAGAAGGUGUUCGAAUGGGACCAAACCUUGGAGGAGGUAAACAUCUACAUAACUCUGCCCGAGAACGUCCCCAAGAAGCUCUUCUACUGCAAUGUCUUGCCCAACCACCUCGAAGUCGGAAUUAAGGGCAAUCCUCCCUACCUCAAUCAUGAUUUGGCCGGCCCCGUAAAGAUCGAUUGUUCCUUCUGGACGCUAGAGGAUGGUAUUAUGCACGUAACGCUUCAGAAGAGAGAGAAAGGAAAGACGUGGCCUUCUCCCAUCCUCGGCCAAGGUCAGCUUGAUCCAUACUCGGCGGAUCUCGAGCAGAAACGUCUCAUGCUUCAGAGAUUUCAGGAAGAGAACCCAGGCUUUGACUUCUCACAGGCUCAGUUUACUGGAGGCUGCCCUGAUCCGAGAACAUUCAUGGGCGGUAUACGAUCUGAAUAAAAGUGACCAAAUGCCUUUGGGUUUCCGUCAAUGGUUCUGAUUGGGCUAUAACUUUAAUCAUGGCCGUUUGUAAUGAGACUGUAAAUUUGUGUUUAUAAUACUGGCUUUAGUUACGUAGCUGGAAUUGUUUAUAUUAGACAAGACUUUUGCAUAAUGCAUAUUAUUUCCCA